CGACCACCAUUUUAUUUUACUCACUGCUGCGAGGAUUGAGUAAAAUUCCAUAUUACGUUUUUUAUGCUACGGUCCGCCCCGGCAGUGUGGGAGGUACGUUUAAGUGAUGUGUACUAUGGCCGUAUUCCGACAUUGACUGGGAGUACUGCGAGUACGUGCCUUUUUAUUGGUAGUUAUUCAUGAACAGCACAUGCUCGGAGCUUUGGGUAUUCCAGCUCCGUUAAAUACUUUCUGGAUAAGUUAAAAUAUCACACUCUUCUUCCCAACUCACUAAUCCUUACAAUUCGCUUGGACAACAUGCUUGGACACUAUAACCUAUGUACUUUAUUGGAAGAAACGGAUGAAGGAGUUCCAGUGCGAAAAUUGUUUAUCAGCAAUCUUGCAGAUCGGACAAGCAACAAAGACCUAGAAAAGAUCUUUUCUAUCUAUGGAAGUGUAGAAAGUUGUUAUCUCAAGAGAAACAAUGGCAAAAGUAAUUUUGCGUUUGUCACAUUUUCCAACUCUGCCGAUGCUCUUAAAGCCAGACAGGCGGCGUGCGCUAUGACGAUACAGUUGCAUUGUCGCUUACUGAGAGUAUCCCCAGCGGAUUCUUGGCAUCAACCGGACAGUCCAGAAAAUUGUAGAAAGUUUUUAUCCAACAAAGAUAAUGGCGGCGGAGAAAGGCCACAGGAGGAAGGAAACAACGACGACGCACCCAUCCAUACUCUCAACGACGAUUGCCUCACAGAAAUAUUUCUGUGUUUGCCAGUCGCGGAUAGAAUACGCAUGGAAAGAGUUUGUAAACGAUGGCAGGCGGUUAGUCACAAAUCCUGGAGAGCGGUUAAAAAAUUGGAUUUAUCAUCAUUGACGUGGGGUCUAAAUACAAGAAUGCGAAAACAAUACGUCGACACUCCGGCCUUACGAAAAGUUUUACUCAAGUGUGGCAAUUUUUUGAAUCACAUCGAUUUCUCGCAUCCGCACAUACUUAGUCCAAGCGCAUUGACGAUAGUUGGAAAAUUUUGCCCUAAUUUGCAAACGGUCGACAUAUCUCACAUCAAUUUAUCACAAGCAGGAAUACGUUCGUUGUCAGAGAACUGUAAAAAUAUCACAAAGUUCGUAAUGAAGAGUCUUACCGGCCCUUGCGAAAAAGAUUUGGCACAAUUAUUUGCAGUUAACAAAAAACUCAAGUCACUAAAAAUCACCAAGAGUCAUCACAUGAGCGGCAGAUGUCUUUUACACUUGCCUUGUGAAAGCAUCCAAGAAAUUCAUCUGCAUAACGGAAUUGCCAUUUUACCAUGCCACAUGGACGCGGCUCUGAAAAGGUGUGAAACUUUGCGAACGCUCUCGCUGGGUUCUUGCGUGUGUCUCGAUAACAGUACUUUUCAUGUUAUUGGCACAAAGACAACGUUGACCACCCUACAACUGGAUGGUGAAUUUCCAAUCGUUUCCGCCGUUGCUCUCCAACAAAUAGCCCAACUCUUCAAUCUGGAAACAUUGGUGAUACGAAGAAAUUAUUUGCUCACCAAUAAAUUGUUGCAUCUUCUCGCCGUCAACUGUAAACGCCUCUCUCUAUUAGAUAUUUUUGCCUGUGAGUUCGUGACGAACGAGGGUUUAGCCAGUAUCGCAACUCUCCCAAAUCUUCAGCAUCUCGUGAUAAGUUACGUUACCAGUAUAACGGACGAGGGACUUGUAGGUAUGCACAAUUUGCGAACGUUGGAAUGUCACCGAUGCAUUACUCUCCAAGACGCCGGAGUAUCGAGCCUCAUCGAAAUGGCGCCCAAUCUCGAAUUGCUCGAUCUAUCAGGAUGCCCGAUAACCAAUACGACACUAGAAGUCGCAAUAAAAGCUACUAAGCGACGAAGCAAUAAUGUAAUUCUCAAAAUAGUCAUUGGCGACACUUUGACUAAUCUUGCCGAAAUAACCCAAGUCUCUCCACUGCUACAGAUCGUCAACGUUUGUUUGGAUCAUGAAAAAAAUAUCCAUAACGGAGAUAUGAUCGAUCUCGAUUUAUAUUUUUAGAUUUACAAUCGCGACCACUGCCAAUCGCGAAUAUUGUGAGGGAUUAUUUUACUGUGAUAUCCAAAUAUUCAGGGAAUUGGGCGGAAAAGCCUUCAGAACUUGAUGAUUGAUUUUUUCCACAACAUGUGAUAUCAAAUCUCGAAUAAUUUUUCAUCAGCUUUGAGUCUAGUCAAAAUAAUGUCAUCAACACGUUUGAGGAGGAUGGAAUUUUCGAAAAAGAAUAACAAUUUUCCCAACUACUAUUCUCAGGAAAUCCGCUAUACCCGUCUAUAUGCCGGCGGGGGCGGGAGUGAAAUACAUUCUGCCGAAGAAUAAGGUUCCAAGUAAUUUUCAAGAAGGAGAAGCCAUUUUUCGAAGGAGAAAAAAAAACAAAUUACAGUUGGAUAAUCCCCUACAAGAAAAAACAAACUAUACUGCCAACUCGUUUCGUCGUGUCAAAUGUUGUACUCUCCUUUGUGAUUGUGUAGUUUUGAGAUGAUGAUUAUUCUUGUGCGUGGAUAUUCUUACUGUACAGUAGUAUACAACGUACGUAAACGUAUAUGAAAGAGAUUAACAGAAGAAGGUAUAUACAUAUACAUAUAUAUAUAUAUAUUUUUUUUUUUCGAGUGAUAAAUAUCAGAGUUUUAUAUUGGAAUGAAAAGGUUUCUCAAGCUCAUUCGUACCCUUCGUACUGGAAUUAUCAUAGUAGUAUAUAGCAAUAAGUUGCGUGAGCCACCGGUAUAUUUCGAAAAAAUGGCAUUGAAAGAUUGUUCCGAAUUGUCGAUAUGUAAAUGAAAGAGAAAAAAAAAUCAAACAUUUUUUAUAUUUAUGUGCGUUCUUGUGGAAGGAGGACUUGCUUAAUUGUUACAUUGAAAUGAUUGUAAAGAUUUGAACAAUCAAUAAAAGAGCGUUGUUUCGGUUAAAACGUUUAA